AUGUCAUCAACACGAAACUAUUCAAAAGAAUCUCGAUCAUAUUAUUCUCGUUCAUCAUCGUUCAAUAAUGAUCAUUCAAAUUCUUCAUAUCGACGUCGUCCAUUAAGUUCUCUUUUAAUUGAACGAGAUUUUUCGUCACCAUCACUUGCUUGGGAUCAUUUGGGUGGUCCACGUUUUUUUGAGAGACGAUCAAGAAAAUUCUUAGAUGAUUUUGAUCGUCCACUUCGUUGGGGUUUCAAUGAUGAUUGGUUCGAUGAACCAUUUUUUAAAUCUAACAUCACAAAUAAUUCAAUUGAUGUUGAACGUUGUAUUCCAAUUAAUUAUCGAAAAAAUUAUAGUUCGACAUCAACAACAAGAAAUAUACCCGUUCAAUAUCUAUCAUCAUCAACUAAUCGUCAUGAAAAACUUUAUAAAAAAAUUGAUAGUAAUGUUGGUUUCACAUCAAAUACAUUUCAGCGUAAUAAUAAUGAUUGUUUUGAAAGACGAGAAAAUCGUAUUACAACUGAUGAUUGGCCACCAAAACAAGAAACUCCAAUACGUAAACGAACGAGUAUGACAAUAUUCGUUCGACCACCUCGUAUUCAAUAUUCAGAUGCAUCUAAUCAUCAAAGACCAAUGUCAACACCAAACUAUCCAGCAUCAAAUCGAACAAAUUAUUAUUAA